UGUGUGUGUGUGUGUGCGUGCGUGUGUGUGUGUGGAACCGAGGCGAGGAGGGCCACACGGUGCCCUAUCACAGCAGAGCCGAGAGAGGAGCCGCAGGACACGCCAGGUCGCCCCAGCAAACAUCUAUCGGCUCCCAGACGAGACACAAUGCGGCUGUUGGUGUUAGUGUUGGCAGUGUUGGUGGGAGGCUCUACAGGGCAAAACUACUACUCGUUCCCAAGAGCUCCACUUCGGCCGAUCGCACCCUUUGGUAUCUCUUCAUCAGAGAAAGUGAUCAGCCACGGCAGGAUCACCACAGGGGGAGCAUCUGUUAGUGCGCUUCCUCCUUCGACCUCUUUCUCCUCCUCCUCCUCCUUCUCCCCCUCCUCCUCCUUCUCCUCCUCCUCCUCCUCCUUCUCCUCCUCCUCCAAAGACCCAUGCCGUCCAUCUCCCUGCGGGGAAAACACGCGAUGUGAAGUGAGCAGAAAGAACGUGGCCUUGUGUCGCUGCAUUGAUGGCUACGUGCCCAUGGGAAACACUAUCAAUGGAUGCAGGCCGCAGUGUGAAAGGGACGACGAAUGCCCAGACGAGUACAGAUGCCAAGGACGAAAAUGCGUGCGUGUGUGUGUGACAGGCGCAUGUGCCCACAACGCGGAGUGUAGGGCACGCAAUCACAGAGCUAUUUGUGAAUGCCCUGCAAACCACAGAGGAAAUGCAGAGGUUUCCUGCUUCCCGGAAGCACAUGUCGAGUCCCGCGCUCCCCCGGCUCCCCCCCUCAACCCGUGCUACGAUGACCCAUGUGGAGUCAAUGCUGAUUGCAGAAAUGACAAUGGCCGCCCCGUGUGCUCCUGCCCCUACGGUUAUGAGGGAGACCCACUGACGCGCUGCACACAGGGAGAGUGCACAGAGCACCAGGACUGCCCACAUUACCAAGUGUGCACGCAGCUCAGGUGUGUGGAUCCCUGCACAAGUGGCAUGUGUGGCUUCAACGCUGAGUGCCGCGUGAAGGACCAUCAGCCAGUGUGCUCCUGUCCCCACGGUUAUGUUGGCGACGCCCUUCGAGAGUGCCGCAGGUUUGAUCCACGAGAGCUGUGUAACCCAAGCCCCUGCGGUGAAAAUACGAACUGCAAGGUGAGAAAUGACCGCCCAGUGUGUUCCUGCAUCUCAAACUACAUCGGCAACCCACUGACUGGCUGCAGGCCGGAAUGCGUCGGUGAUUCCGAAUGUCCGCAUAACAUGGCAUGCAGGAACAACAUCUGUGUCAACCCUUGUCGCGAUGCUUGUGGUGAGAGCGCCUACUGCGAUGUGAGGAACAGACGCGCCGUCUGCAGAUGCCCUGAUAAAUUCCUUGGUGACCCCCACAGCAGAUGCUACACCGAGUGCACGGAACACAACCACUGCCCUUCAAACGAGGCUUGCCAGGACUACCGCUGCAUCGACCCCUGCAUCAACACGUGCGGUGAUGGAGCGAACUGCAAGACCACCAACCACCAGCCCGUCUGUUCCUGUCCCAGAAGCCACACUGGUGACCCCUUCGUGCGCUGCAGACCAUUCGGCCCUGAUGACUACUGCAACCCGAACCCAUGUGGUCUCAAUGCCGAGUGCAGCCCCGGCACUGACAGGUCGGGCGAUACGAGAGCGGUGUGCACCUGCCCCCAGUACUACGUGGGCAACCCACUCAUCCAAUGUCAGCUGGGCGAAUGUAAGACCAAUGACGACUGCAAUGUCAACACGGCCUGCUACAACUACAUGUGCAGGACGCCGUGCUACACCCUGGACGGCGAUAGCGUGUGUGGCGAGAAAGCGGACUGCAAUGUCAAGAACCACAUGCCCGUGUGCUCCUGUCCCAGCGGCUACACCGGUAACCCUCUGGAAUACUGCUACAUCCCAGACUAUGACGACAGGAAACGCACCUCAAGCGCCUUUGUCCUGGGCAGAUCCUACUAAUUUGUGAGGAUGUCUGAAGGAUGCCACGAUACCAGGAUACCAGGAUAUUAGGAUGCCAGCAGGAUGUGGUGUGGUAGUGGUGGUGGUGGUAUGUUGGUGGAGCGAUGAUGACAAGGAUGGUGAAUGACAGUGAUGAUGGUGGUGGUGAUGGUGGUGAAUCAUUAUGAAAAUAUUGAUGAUGAUGAUGAUGGUGUGUGUACUAUACAAACGGCAAAGAAAAUGGAAGUUUUGCGCAGUUUUACAGCGUAGAAAACGAAAUUAUACAUACCAUAUUUUGAGAAGAGGACUGAGUGAUUUAAAAAGAGAAGAUGCCUGAAAAAAAAAAAAAAGAAAAAGAAGAGAUCAAAAGAAGAGAUUAAUGAAGACAAAUGAACAAACAGCAAAUUAAAAGAAGCAAUGAAGAGAAAAAUAAAUAAGACGAACACACGACCAUUAAAAAAAAAAAGAAUGAUAAAAAAAAUACAACCAAUCGAUCAACAACAAAUAAGACCAAGCGAAGACCUCCUCCACCAACACACACACGCACACACAUACAUACACAAAGGAAAAAAAAAAAAAAAAAAAGAGAUAAAAAAUUGAAUCACGCCCAUCCAACUGGCAUCCAAUAUUCCUCUUUAAUGGGCGGCGUGGGCGUGUAGGCGUGGAGGAAAAGGAGAAAGAAGAGGAAGAGGAUGGGGAGGAGGAAGAGGAUGAAAGAGUAUCUAAGCUUUUUCCUAAUUCCUCUUCUCUCGCUCUCCCAGCCGCCUAUAUUUCUCGCGCCCACGCCACGCCCACACUCGAGCCCACGCCGCCCACUUCCUGAAGCUCUGUCACUCGCAUCUGCAAGUUUCACUGCGCCAAACGAUCUGAAACACCAACGCUUUACUCCUCCGAUCGACUGCAACUGUUCAAAGCUUCGAAACAAAUGAAUCCGACCUAGAAGAGUUAAGAUUGUGUCAAAAGCUUUACACUAAAUCUUUCACUUUUUCAUUCUCAUUUUCUUUAAGUUAAAAAGUUAUUUAUUAUUAUUAUUAUUAUUACUAUUAUUAUUAUUUUUUUAUUAUUAUUAUUACUAUACACUGAAAAAUCUUCAUUAAUUGGUCAUUCUAACUGAUUCAUUUUGAAAGUUGCAAUGUUUGUGUUUCUUCAUUAUAGUUAAUAUUAUUUUCCUUUUCUUUUUUCUUUUUUCACAAAACUAGACCGUCUUCUUAUUUUAUUUUUUUUCAGUAUUUUCCAAAGCGGUGUUUGAUCUGAGGGGGAGUUCCUGAUAGUUUUUACUUUUUUUUCAACUGCCCCCCCUUUAGCACUACCCUUUUCUAAGCCUUAUCCUGCGUAGGUUUCGUGUAGGGUUACUUACUUACUUACACACACACACACACAGACACACACACACACACAGUCCUUUCUUAUAUCUGAGUCAUUUUGUAAUCUUCAUUGCUGUUAUAAUUACGAUCUAUAUUUCUAUCAGCCCAGAUCCUAUACAAAGAGCAUUAAAUACCAUGAAAAAGGAAUCCCAGCCUAUUACAUCUUAUAUCAAGAAUACAUUUUCCUAUUCAAAGAUUCCUACGAUCCUUAAUCUUAUAAAAAAAAAGAGUAUUGAAUUCCAUAGAGAGUGCCCUAGGGUAUUUGAUCCUAAGUAAAGAGUAUUUGACCCCCACAAGCAGAAUCCUGUGGUAGUAGAUUCAAAGCAUUCGAUCUCGCAAGGACUUGUAUAAACAGACCAAGGUAUAUACAGAAAGCGUGUAGGGUCCCAAAGUCCUUUCCUUGUUGCAUGUCGCGUUGGAUUAACCCCACAAGUCCUAGGUAGCCGGUCCUGAUCCUGUCGUAGCGAUUCUAAUCCUGCUGUUGUAGCGUGUUGCGGGCGUCUCUCAGCUUUCCUAGUCAGCCCUCUUAACGCUCCCUCACCGACUCCCUCCCCAGGUCAGCACCAGACGGUCUAGUCCAAGCACUAUAUUCCUACCAGCACCUUAGGCCUAUUUCUGAUGAUCCUAGUUUGUUUGUUUUUUUUCUGUUUUUGGGGGAUGCAUAACCCAGGUUUGGAAGGCUGUCUCUUCGAUGGGCUCCACUGAAGCUUUGAGGCCUCGUGAAGCACUGAUUCGAAGCACUUGUAGAGAUACGGACAUGGACCUGAACUUUGUCUUUUGGUUCUGUGUGCCCACUGUUAAUUUUCGACCUUGUGUUUAUUCAUUGUUUUCGUUAUUGGUAAACUGUGUAGAUUGAAAGGCAUCAGGUUGAUUAAAUGUAAAAAUUCCUUAAUGUAUAAUGAUUUGCUAGUUCUGUAUGUUUAAUUUAAUCUUCCCUUCAUUUCUCUUGAUCCAAAAUUGCUUCAGCGUGUCAAAAGUCUGAAAAAAAAGGCAAACUAAACCAGAUAUUUAUUCUCAUCAGUCAUAAUUCUCUAUGUCCAUCCAUUUAUAAUCUGUUCCUCACUCCAUGUGUCGUAUCUAAAUGUUUCGAGCCAUCUGUGUCGAACACCACUGUGAACUGCCCCAAGGCUUCACGAACCAGUGUUGCGGAGCUCUUCGGAUCGGGCCUUCGCUUCAUAACUGUCCUUUGCCUUGUACAGUCGAGUCCACAAGUCAUGCCAUCUUCUGCACUUCCAAUGUGUUUAUCUGAGUUCCUUUGCUGGCAGUCCUUUAAACCUUCUUCCAGUCUGUUUCCGGCAUCUGUAUUCCUAUGUUUAUCAAAUCUUUCCUUCUCUUCUUUGCCUUUGUCACCUCUUCUUCCAGUUCAUCCCAGGUGCCUGCAUUUCUUUGUGAUUAUCCAGUCUUUCCUUCAGAUCAUGCGCACUCCUUGCCUUCAUCACCUCCCACAGUUUAUCCCAGGUAACUAUUUUAUAUUGUCAGCAGGUGCCAGCUAAAGGUAAACAGAAAACGUGAAACAUUGGGAACGAGUGUGCAAGGUGACAGGACUUCUGGCCUCUAUUGUACAUAUAUGUGGGUUGCUGCCUUAUAACUGUUACUAAUAGUCAUGUUUCUCCUUAUGGACUAGUAGCGUGAUAGUAUAUUCAUUACUAUUAUUCAUUAACAGGUGAUGUUAUUAUUAUUAUUAUUAUUAUUAUUAUUAUUAUUAUUAUUAUUAUUAUUAUUAUUAUUAUUAUUAUUAUUUUAAAUUUUUCCUCUAGUUUUCAAAGGGGAUCCGUUCUUUUCCUUUUUUUUAUGGAGUAGUUUGUAGUUGUGACAAUAACAGCAGUUGUGAUGUUAAUAAUAAUAAUACAAUAGACUUAAUAAAAAAAUGAUAAAAGGUA